UCAAGAACAUGUUAUCAAGUUUUUGGCACAAGGUUUUAUCAAUAAAUUUACAAAGCAGAAAGCCUGGGGGGUUCCCAUUUUUCUUGAAGGCAUUAACUUUAUAUUAUAUGCAGAUUUUCUUUUCAGAGUUUUCAACUUUCUUUUUGACUUCAAGCAUGUUCUGGGCACAAUAUGUGUGUUAUGUUGUGUACUUUUGUUUACUGCUAUUGCGUUGAUGCAACAUCUAAACUGGCAAUGUGGAUGUAUGCCAGCCAUGGAACAUAGCAUGUGCCUUGCUGUUUUUGCCACCAUUUGGACAUGAAUUAACAUUUAUGCUGGGCAUCUUGAGUUUAGUGCAUUUGUAACCGAGUGGUAAGGUGGGGUUGUAUGGUUGCAACAACAGUCCAACACUCAACCAAAAGGCAGGAACUUGUCAGCGGGUGUGCGAACCUUUAUUACACGUGCUUGUACAAUGGCCACGGCUGCUUGUAUCGUCCAGAAGUCAGCGCUGUCUCUUGUCUCCGUUCAGCGCAAUACGUUCUUGUAGAACGGGCCCCCACAGACUUGCUACUGUAAUGUGUUUGGGAAGAAAGGCCCCGACUAAACAUCUACCCCUAACUAUAUACUAAGCAGACACGUGACUACUCGUCACCUAAUCUACCUGUGCCUGACGCUAUCGCUCUAAUACUAACGCUACUACUGACUACUGCGCUAUUCCCGUACCUACUACAUCUGCCAACCCCGACUCUGAUUCUCGAUCCCCUCUAUAAGUCACGGCGCCCUGUCAAGUCGUUAAAACGGACAGAAAGGUUUCCCCCACUGUCCGCUUUCACUGAGCCCCGCCCACUUAUAAUUAGGCUAAUUCGUGACGCGUCUCCUGACACGUCCGGCCCUCUACACAUUGUAACUGUUGCCAAUAAGCAUAAGCAUGCCCUUCAGCUCAUUCAAAACUUACUUUUAAAUUUCUGUUGCAGUGUUUCUGUGGCAAGAUUUUUUUGUUUUUGUUUUUUUGGUUUAUAUUUCUGUCUGUUGCUUUUGGGUUUUUGGUUUUUUUUUUUUUUCUUUUCGUAAAGUGCAUUGAGUUUAGCAGAGAUGCGCUGAAUAAAUUUGUCUGAUUAAACAUAGGAAAUUCCACUUUUUCAAGCCUAUUUCUGUUCUUUCUGCCACAAUUUUGAGACAGUGAGCAGUUUCUCUGUCCGGUACCUGUCCUAAAGUGCAUCUAUUCUUUCUGAUAUAAAUGUGCUUCCAGUACAGAGGCAGGUAGUCUUUCCAUCCUUCUAUAAUUCAUUGGGAGAAAAAAGACUGUCAUAUGACUCUCUUGCAUGGGAACUUAAGUCUGUAAUUAUGGCCUUUUGUGCGGGAACUAGAAAAGAGAACACUUUAUUUGUGUCAGAGGGAAAUUCGGGGCAGCUAGAUAAAAAUAACAUCACAACACAUUCAUAUGCACCAGACUUUCGCAUUCGUGUUUCAUUCAUUUGCACUCGGCACCAUUCAAAAGAUGCACGGCCAAAAAAUCAAAAGACAGCCUCAGUCUGUUAAUUGAUCCUGCAUGCAGGAACUAGAACUGGCAUAAAUUGAUAGGUAACUUGGUAUGCCUUGAUCAUGAUACAAUCAAUACUAAGCAUGUGUGUGUUGUUUCUAGCCUGUGAUUGUGAGGUUGAUUUGAGCCCUUUUUUAAUUGGGUGGGGUAUCAUUUUAUGGUCUUAUGCAGCACACCUUCCACUUUUUUUCCGUGUGGUCUAACCCUAACCCUGACUGUGUGGUGGACGAUAAUAUUAUGGUAAAGGCUAGGCCGAUUUAACUCGGGAAGUGAAGCCCUCUUGGUCACAGUCUUUCUUUGCAACUUUUGGUAUGUUGCGUUGUAGACAUUAGCGUCGUCUAAAUCUGCCAAGUGUACCGUUUGGUAUUUAAAACCAGCUGUGAUUCAAUAACAGUGCGAUCAUGGAGGUGUACACGAUCGCUUCUCCUGCGACUGCAGUCGUCAGUCAGCACAUUCCCAUAUGUACAAAUUCUCAAAAUGACUCUUCUAAGGGAAGCCACUGUGAGGAGAGUUAUGGCGCGGCGGUCAAUGUGUAAAUAAACAUCAUGUUGUCAACCCAGCAACCAGACGAUGACAGUGGUUACAUCUUUGUGGCAAAGCUCGAUAAUGCUCGCAAUGUUUCUACAAUUCUUAAGGCCAUCCAUUUUAAAGAUAUGGCAACAGUGUUUGUGACAGCUCAAGGUCUCAAGGUAACAGUGGAAGAUGCCAAAUGCGUUCAGGCUAACGCUUUUGUACAGGCCGCUAUUUUUCAUCACUUCCUCUUAACGCAGGACCAAGUCACUUUUAAAAUCAACCUAUCCGUUCUCAUCGAAUGUCUGACAAUAUUUGGAAGUGGUACAGGGCCAAACACAGCGACAAGUGUGAAAAUGUGUUAUGCAGGCUACGGCAGCCCCCUGGUGUUGGUGUUGGAGGAGGAUGGGGUUCUGACUGACUGCAGCCUCAAGACUCUAGACCCAGAUGAAGUGCUAGAUUUUGACUUCUGCAGCACCAAUGUUAUCAACAAGAUCAUCAUGAAGAGUGAAUGCCUUAAAGAGGUGUUCAAUGAGCUGGAUGUUACAAGCGAAGUGCUACAGAUUCUCAUGUCACCCGACGCCCCCUACUUGCAGCUCUCAACAUUUGGUAGUGCAGGCAGUACACAUUCAUCAUUCCUCAAAGAAUCUGACAUGGUGGAAGCCUUUCAGUGCACACAGACACAGUCUAGCAGAUACAAAAUGCAGUUGUUGCGGCCAUCCUCUAAAGCUUUAGCUCUGUCAACGCGCAUUUCAAUGCGGACAGAUGCCCGUGGAUUUCUGUCCCUGCAGUACAUGAUUCGCAAUGAAGAUGGGCAAAUCUGCUUUGUGGAAUAUUUUUGUGCUCCAGAUGAAGAAAUGACUGAAGCUGACCCUGAUGAGUAGUUUGUUUGACGACUGGUGGAGCCCAGAACAAAGGAUGUGAUAUCUAUCAUCUGUCUGUACUGAACCUGUACACCACUUAAAAGUCUUAGUGCUGUUUCUAGUCAGCAGACAUGCAACAAAAAUGCAGAAAAUGAGAAAUUUUUGUCCUAUUUACUGCGACGAGUGUUGAGCUCAAAAGAUGAACUGCUAACUGAUAUGAUUUAUUGUCUCAUCUCUGGCAUCCAGAGGUCAAGAAGCAUUUACGUUUACUCACAACUGAAAUAUGUAUAAAGGAUGUAGCCGUUACUUUUUUUAAUCUUGAAUGUAAGUCAACACUCUCAAGUUUGAGUUUUGAGAGAUGAGAGUUACACAUCUAAAGUUGAUUUUCACUGUUGCUACAUUAUUUGGAAAUAUAAGACUGCUUUGUGGGAGAUCUUUUGAGUGUGAAGGUGCUUCAAAACUUUCAGCAAAAAUGUUGGAAUUUUCCCUCAAGUAAAAAGAUAUUGCAUGAAAUGUGCGUUUAUCAUUGAUGUUAUUUAAACAAUUGGGCAUUCUUUGUCACUUAUUAAUACACCUAAAUUUACCUGAAUUCUCGAACAGAAUAUGAAUUCACUCUCAAAUAGAAGAAAAAA